CGCCAUGAAAGUUCGUGUGCUCUCCAAUCGAGUGCGCCGAUUGGAGGCGAAAGUGAGAACGGUCGAGACAAAGUUGAGGGAGGACGACUGUACCAGCAACCCUUGUCAGAACGGUGGCACGUGUCAAGACCUUUACGAAGGCUACCGCUGUCACUGUCCAUCCAACUGGGAGGGGCCAAACUGUAUGACUGACGUGAACGAAUGCGUGAGAUUUCUGGGAACAGACCUUGGAUGUCAAAACGGAGCUACCUGUAUCAACCAGCCAGGAUCAUACAGAUGCGACUGCACUUCAGGGUGGUAUGGCAUUCACUGCACAAGGAAGGUUUCCGUCUGUAACACACAGAAUUCCGACGAGCUAUGCGGCCAUGGCGUCUGUGUGAGCAAAACUGGGUCUCCUCUGGGCUACACCUGUAUCUGCGACCAAGGUUGGGAGCCUGAGGGCACGAACCCAGCAUGCAUCAAGGACGUGGACGAAUGCGCUGGAAACCAUCGACCUUGUUCGGUGAACCCUUGGGUAGCUUGUCGAAACGCUCCUGGCACGUUCUUCUGCGACUCGUGUCCUCGAGGUUACACAGGAAAUGGUUACUACUGCAGCGACAUCGACGAGUGUCUGGUCGACAACGGUGGUUGCAGCACAUCACCUUCUGUGCAAUGUAUCAACACUAUGGGUUCGAGGAUGUGCGGGCCGUGUCCAACAGGAUACCGUGGCGACGGUGUAACGUGCACUUACGUGGGUAGUUGCGCGAUCAACAACGGUGGCUGUCACCCUUACGCGAGGUGCGUCGAGAAUGCAGCACUUACGAGCGCCUACGUGUUGUGCCGUUGUCCAGCUGGUUACGUGGGCGAUGGAAUGGGUCCAAAUGGUUGUCAGCCGAUAACUGACGUGUCCGUUGGCACAGCCUGCGCCAGUAAUCCCUGCGUCCACGGCAGGUGUAUCCCUGGAGCCACCGAGCACACCUACAGAUGCCAAUGCAAUCCAGGUUACGUUGGGACCACGUGCAGUGACACAGCGGACCCAUGUUCGCCAAAUCCCUGCAAAAACAAUGGGGUCUGCGUAGUUUCCAAUGGCGCCGCGACUUGCGACUGUCCGUCGACGUACACAGGGGACAGAUGCCAGACAGCGCGACAAAUGUGCGGGGGCAUGUCGAGGAAUCCCGUAGGACAUCUGGAGUUCCCUGUCGGUGGAAGCACGGUUUACCAACACGGGUUGAGCUGUGCUUGGGUUCUGAUGACCAACAGUUCGCUCGUCUUAAACGUCACGUUUACUAAGUUCAAUGUCGAAGACUCUACCGACUGCAAGUACGACUUCCUGCAGAUACACGACGGGAGAAACGCUGGCAGCCAAAAUCUGGGAAGGUUUUGCGGCAACAAGUUGCCCAACGGAAACGGGAUUAUCCUGUCCACCCACAACGUGUUGUACCUCUGGUUCCACUCGGACAGCAGCAUAUCUCACGAAGGAUUUGCUUUUCAUUGGACCAGCGUCGAGCCUACCUGCGGAGGUGUUCUAAUGGACGAUUACGGCACGAUAAGCUCCCCAGGUUCACCGGGAAGGUAUCCACCCAACAGAGACUGCUACUGGACGAUCUCCGUCCAACCGUCAAAGAGAAUACAGUUUCACUUUGGUCAGUUGAUGCUGGAGGAGCAUCCGACGUGCGAGAACGACUAUCUGGAGAUCCUUGGAGGUGAGGAAGAACGACUUGCUCUUUACUGCAAUCACACGCGUCCACCGCCUCUCACCACGCCCGCCUGGGUAGCUAUGCUUCAUUUCCAUUCCGACGGCGCUGGCCAGGAUGCUGGUUUCCAGAUUCACUACUCCUAUGUCGAAGGAAUACCAGGUUGCGGCGGUGUGUACACUAACCCCACAGGCGUAAUCAACUCUCCCGCGCACAAGGGCAGGUAUCAGGAGAACUUGGAGUGCGACUGGAAGAUACAGAUGCCCCACGGGCAACGUAUUCAGAUAACCUGGACGAAGUUCGACCUCGAGCACUCCACCACGUGUCGCUACGACUAUGUCAAGAUUUUCGACGGCGAAACCACUCAAGCCCCAUUGCUUGGACGAUUCUGCGGUUCGACGAUGCCACCCACGAUCAAAUCGAACUCGAACGUGAUACUGGUGAUCUUCAAGUCCGACUGGACGAUCGACGGGGACGGUUUCAGUUUGACCUACGAUGUUCUUUGCGGCGGUGUGUUCACCGAGGAUUCGGGGAUUCUUCAGUCAGAGAUGUACCCGUUAUCGUACCACCGUUCCGGAACCUGCUAUUACGAAAUCAUGCAACCCCCAGGGAAGAGAAUCGUGUUGACUAUGAUGGACAUGGACAUCGAGGGCUUCUCGUUCCCAGACUGUUACUUCGAUUACCUGGAGAUUUUCGACGGCGACAACGAGAACAGUACCAAGCUCACGACUCUCUGCGGCCCUGAUGAGAACAUGCCCACGGAACCGUUUUACUCGACCUUCAACUACAUGCUUCUGAAAUUUACCUCCGACUUAAGUGUCCAAGGUCGAGGCUUCCAGGCGAAUUACACCACGAUUGACAACAGAUGCGGAGGUCUGCUCAAGGCGCCAAUCGGAGCAAUUCAAUCGCCAAGCGAAAACGGAGUGUAUGGUCACGAUGAGACCUGCAUUUGGACGUUGCAAGCCCCGCCAGGAUACGUCAUAGACCUAUCAUGGAUGGUGUUUAAAUUGGAAUCGAACUCUCGCUGCAAAUACGACUACGUGAAAGUCUACGAUAACUACACGAUGUCCGAGGAAAACCUGCUAGGCACCUACUGUGGCGACAAGAAACCACCGGUAAUAAUGUCGCAAGGGAACGUGAUGACAGUCUACUUUAAAUCUGAUCUGACCAUAUCUGACACCGGAUUCGCAGCCUCGUACUUGUUCGUCGACGCCACGAAGGUCUGCGGCGGUCGCAUCACCAAAUUGAACGGAGUCAUCAAAACGCCGGAUUAUCCCCAAAAUUAUCCUAACAAGCGAGAAUGCGUGUGGGUGAUCGACGCACCAGUCAAACAGAAAAUCCUCCUGAACGUCCAACAUUUCGAGUUGGAAAAGCAGCAGAAGUGCUCGUUCGAUUAUUUAGAAAUCAGAAACGGUGGCUACGAUAUGUCGCCAUUGAUAGGGAAAUACUGUGGCACGGACAUCCCUACAGAAAUUAUUAGCCAAACCAAUCAAAUGUAUUUGAAAUUCGUCUCUGACGCAUCGAGGACGUACAGUGGUUUUAAUAUCGAAUGGGACAGCACAACUGUAGGUUGCGGUGGAGUAAUGACCGCUGCCAAAGGGGACAUCAUAUCUCCGAAUUAUCCGCAGCCGUACAACGAGCAGGCCGACUGCACCUGGAGGAUCUCUGUGGCGGCGGGUAGUUUAGUGCAAUUGAUAAUAGUUGACCUUGAUCUCGAGCAUACCCAAUUGUGUUCUUUUGACUAUAUCGAGAUAUCCGAAGGGAUCAAUCGCAAGAACAAGCAGAAAUUCUGUGGCACUCGUACUCCUGUCAUUCCCGCCACGUCGAAUAUAGUGAAUGUUCGGUUCCGCAGUGACUUCUCCACGGCUGGUCGCGGUUUCCAUCUGAAAUAUGAAACACUGUGUCACAACAAACUGCACGGUUUCCACGGAGUGAUAGAGUCGCCUAAUUUCCCGGACAACUACGAGCACAACCUAAACUGUACCUGGGAGAUCGACGCGCCUCUAGGGAACCGCGUGAACUUGACCUUCUCGCACUUCGAGAUGGAGUCAGUCAAUCGAGUGGGGAGCUGCAAGUACGAUUACGUGGAAGUGCUGGAGGGCGAGGACGACGUUCCGCACACCACGCUUGCUACACUCUGCGAUUCGAAACUACCAGAGAAGAUUCACUCCAACCAACAUCAGGUAUUCGUGCACUUCGUCACGGACGCCUGGAUCACCAAAGGCGGUUUUCGGCUAGAAUGGGUGGUCCACGGUUGCGGGGAACACCUGACGAAACCUUUCGGACAAAUCACGUCACCGGGAUAUCCGUCAGGCUAUCCGGAGAACGUCGACUGCGAGUGGCUGAUCGAAGUCGAUUACACGCACAGCAUCGAGCUGACCAUUCAUGACAUCAAUACGGAGAAGCAGAAGGGUUGCCACUUUGACAAGCUUCAAAUCUAUAGCGGCGAGGACGAGCAGGGGUUGAAGCUGGUUGAUAUCUGCUACUCGGAGAAUCCAGUAGUGUACACCAGUUUUGGGAACAAGAUGUUCCUAAAGUUCCACUCCGACGUGUCGUACACGGCGCAUGGUUUCAACAUCACCUAUAAAAGUGUACCGAUCACUUGCGGUGGCAAAUUCACAGCGGAUGCGGGUAUCAUACAUUCGCCGAAUUACCCGCAGAAUUAUCCGUACAAGCUCAACUGUGAAUGGCUGAUUCAGGUGGACAAAAAUUACGUUGUAAAUUUCACCUUCCUGGACUUUGAUAUCGAGCACACCAACAACUGUACGGACGACUACGUUGAGAUAUACGAUGGACCCACGAAAGACUCGCCACUAAUGGCGAGGCUUUGUAAAAACAUGUUGCCGCCACCCUACGUUGCGUCUAGCAACGAAAUGUUAGUCGUGAUGCGUUCAGAUGGUAUAAUAUCAGCGAAAGGAUUCAAAGCACGGUACAACCGAGCCUGCGGUGCUCGCAUAAUCGUGAAGGAUCAAGGAUACUUGACUCCAGCUAGAAGUUACACUUCCGAAGAAGUCGACGAUAACUGGAACUGCACGUGGAUACUGAUCGCGGAGGAUCCAGGGGAUCAUAUUACCUUGACUUUCACGCAUAUGGAAAUCAAGGUGGAUUCGCUCGAUGGCGAGGGCUGCGAGUCAUCCUAUCUUGAAGUUUUCGAAGGCGAGAGCACGACAGCGCCACAUCGAGUAAGAUUGUGUGAAAACAUUGUACCUCUGCCGAUAACGAGUCACGGAAAUGCACUCACGUUGCGUGUAUACGCAGAAUACGAUUUCUUCGGACACUUCGCCGUCACCUACUCUGUUCUAAAUUCAGUAUGUGGUGGAGACUACACUUCAUACGAAGGAAGAAUCGCCUCGCCAGAUUAUCCGAACACUUACCCCUUAAACGCUGAAUGCGUUUGGAUCCUGAACAGCUCGCCAGGGAAUCAGCUGACCCUGGGCUUCGCCGAGUUCGACAUCCAGGAGAGCGAGAACUGCGAUCUGGACUACUUGGAGAUACGCGAGAACAGCGGUAUAGGGAAAGUGAUCACCGUGGCCUGCGGGACCAGCAUCGAGCCGAUCACCUCCUCGUCCAAGCUGUGGAUCAAGUUCAAAAGCGACGGCGAAGUAGUGUCGCGAGGUUUCGUGGGCCAGUACCAUUACGUGAAGGAAAACGAGCUCACUGGACCUACUGGACGAAUUACUUCGCCUCUCUACCCAAUCCCCUACAAACGAAUGGACGUCACAACAUGGCGAAUCACCGUGCAGUUCCAGUGGUUGAUUCGCAUCGAGAUUACGGACGUGUUCAUAGAGAGCCAUAACAGUGGAUGCUUUUCUUACCUCAGGAUUUACGAUGGUUACAACAAGGAGGCACCAGUUUUGAUGGAGGUCUGCAACCUCGACAAAGGCCAACCAGUCACGACCACGACCAACGUGGCUUUCAUCGAAAUGAACACCGAAAUUCUUCGACUGGGCAGCUGGUUCGACCUCAAUUGGCUGCAAAUCCCGAGCGACGACGAUAGCUUGAACACCGAUGUACACUUGGGUGAUUGUACAGAAGAAAUAAGCUUCGCGAGCAAUGCCAACCACACGUACGUUAUCAAGUCGCCUGGCUGGCCAAACGGUUACACCGAGAACCUUGCCUGCACUUGGGUGUUCACGUCUCCGCCAGGAACCCACGUGUCCUUGAGAAUACUCACAAUGGACUUAGAGGAGACCAUGAACUGCGUAGCAGACGCCGUUUCGGUGUACGAUGGCAACGCUCUGCAGUCCACCGAUAAUGCCAAACUGUUGCAACGAUUGUGUAUAGCGAACGCCACGUCGCUGAAGGUGGAGUCGAGCAACGUGAUGACGGUGAAAUUCGAAUCGGACUCCUACUUGAACAAGACAGGCUUCGAAGCUGUCGCCACUCGGGAAUGUGGUGGUAAACUGGAGUCCCCUAACGGAAUAAUCGAGAUCAACAACAUGACGAGCAGAGGACUGGUGGGUUGGAUGCUGACGUGCGAGUGGGACGUCGUGGUGAAGCCUGGACGAACUAUAGAAGUACACGUUGAAUACAUGUCGAAGGGGACCGAUCCUACUUCGUCGUGCAAUUCCUAUUACCUGUUGAAGGAUGGCGACAAAUCAUCGGCUGCCUUUGUGGGCAAGGGGAAAUACUGUAGCAACGAUGACUUACCUCCAGUCUUGACGACCCUUAGUAAUCGUCUUUACGUGAAGGUUACUGGACGGUUCAAAUUCAACUUCAAAUUGAGAUACAAACAAAUCGGCAUGAACUGUGGAGGUGAAUACAUAGCAGAUAAAUACUUGGACAUUAGCACGCCUAAUUACCCGAACAUACCGCCGCCGUACACAGAGUGCACGUGGACCAUAAUGGCGCCAAGCAAGGAAAGGAUAUCCAUUCACUUUAUAGAAAGAUUCGACUUGACCAGCACCGAGAACUGUGAGAGAGAAUACGUCGAAGUUAGAGACGGCGGGACGGAUAUUUCGACGUUAUUGGGGAGAUUUUGCAAAGACGUUGCGCCCAGUAGCAUGACGAGUACCGGAAACAUGCUGUACAUUCACUAUUACACGGAUGUUCCAGUUCCAAAAAAUGGCUUCCAUGCCACGUUCACGGUUGGAGAUGUCUGUGGUAGUAUACUAAGAGAAUCUAAGGGCAUCAUCGCGUCUCCAAACUACCCAUUCUUUUAUCCAUCGAACGUAACAUGUAAUUGGUGGAUAAUCGCGCCGGUGGAUCACACGCUGUUACUCGAAUUUCGUGAUAUACAUCUGCCUAGCUUCCGAUCCUGUGCAAACACAGAUCAUGUAAUAAUCGCCGACAGAAGACCGGAAAAUGACACAAUGACCGAAAUUGGAACUUAUUGCGGAACGACGAAGCCAGGCGUCAUCGACACGGUGUCCAACGAGGCUAUGAUCACUUUCAAAAGCGACAACUUCGACUUCAGAACUUAUAGAGGCUUUAAUCUGAACUUCACGUCCAGCAUGGACGUAUGCGGUGGUGAAUUGACUGCACUGUCUGGCAUAAUCAAGUCGAAUGGAUACCCGAACAUUGCAACUAGGACCAGAUACUGCGAUUGGAGGAUCAAAUUGCCAUUGGGUUACCAAGUAGUGGUGGACAUAUUGGACUUGGAUAUUAUUCAGAACCGUGAUAGUUCGCGACUGGCUUACACCCUAUCGUUCUACAACGAUUUCCGAUUCGCAUCCAGAAUCAAACUGGUUGGACAGAACGAUACUGACCGACAGAUAAAAAGCUCCAGCAACACCAUGAUGAUUGGUUUCACGUCGUCCCGUGGAUACCGUGGCUUCAAGCUCCGUUACACCGGGGUGGCGCCAGCUCCUUGUGGUGGAGUCAUGAAAAACGUCAACGGCAGUCUGUCGGCACCAAGAGUACGACCUUUCAACGAAUCAUCGUACUACUGCUUAUGGAACGUGGACGCACCAGAAAGUAUGCUGACCAAUGGCAACAACACUGGACUGACGAUGUCGCUGAAGGUGUCCGGUUACGUGGGCGGUUUACCGAGUUUCGUCAACCCAAGAUUCUGCUACACUCACCAGUACAUUUCGCUGUCUGGCAUCGCCAUGACUUGCGGGAACUACUCGGAACCAACGUACCUGAGAAGUCCCAAUCUCAAGAACGUGGUGUUGAUCGUGAACGGCACUUACGGAAAACCGAUGUCGUACAAUGUCGAGUACCUUUGGCAGCCUUGUGGCGGUAUCCUGCAGGAACAAACGAACAUCAUAAGGGCUCCGAAGAAUAUACCAUACCCGGUUAACUGCGUCUGGCACGUCUCUUAUCCAGACAAUUGGCAACUAUUGCAUCUCAAAUUCAACAAGCUGAACAUGGCUGGCUGCGACAAGAGUUACAUCAUCGUCAAAAACGGUGGUGCGUACGGGCCAGAAAUUGGCAAAUACUGCGGGAACGUCUUACCUCCUAAUAUAACUACAAUGUCCCAGAGCAUGUGGAUCGAGUACUUCGCGAAUGGCGGCCCCAACGAUUUCGAGAUAGAAGUGGGGUCUUCGAGCAACAUCUGUGGCGGCACUUUGCGCGGACGCCACACGCAGAUCUCCUCACCUGGGUUCCCCUCGGCGUAUUCUAACAACGAGGAGUGCACUUGGGAAAUUGUUGCGGAUAAUGGCUACCACGUGGGCUUGGUAUUCGUCGAUCGUUUCAAUUUGGAAAGUAGCACCAACUGCCAGAACGAUUACGUGAAGGUGUUUGAGUGGGUGAAUGGGACCGAUGGCAAAUUUUGGAAUAUCUUGGGAACAGUUUGCGGCAGGAACACCCCGCCGCCAUUUAAUUCGACCAGCAAUCGAAUGAAGGUCACGUUCCACUCGAACGAAAAGAUUCAAGGCGAUGGGUUCAAGGCGAUUUGGAACGAAAACUGCGGUGGAGUUUUCGAGGCUACCAUAGAGCCGCAAUUCAUUCAGUCGCCAUCGUACCCAAAUUUCUACCCACCCAUGGCGUUCUGCAACUACACCCUGGUCGCUUCUGAAGAAGAUAUCAUCGUAGAGUUCUUAGAUUUCCAACUGGAACGCAAUCGCAGAGAUUGUCAAUUCGACAAUCUGACGAUGCGAUGGUUCGAUGAAUACUCGGAAGAAGUUAACUCGUGGUGCGACGUGGAUAAACCACCCAUGAUACAAUCGUACGAAAAAGUGGAGAUCAUUUUCCAAACGGACAAAUACAUUCAACGAACAGGAUUCAUGUUCAAAUACUUCCUUAAAAAUUGUGGCGGAACAAUGAGAGCACCUGGAGAAAUCAAGCCUCUGAUGAGCGAGAAAGAGUACUUCGCAAAUCUGAACUGUGUUUGGAAGAUCGAAGCACCGCCAGACAUGAGCGUCGUUCUUCGUUUCGAGAAAUUCGUAUUAGAGCAGAGCUACAGGUGUUCCUACGACAGCGUUGAAAUUUUCUAUGGGUUAGAGACUACUGACGAGACCAAAAUGGCCAUGUUGUGCGGAAACCUGACGGAGCAGAUGCCUGUGUUCCAGUCGAGAAACAACACCAUGCUCGUUCGCUUUAUUAGCGAUAGGAGUCGCCAUUUCGGUGGCUUCAGCGCCAAGGUGAUGUUUGUGAAGAGCGUUGCUGCUGGUUGUGGCGGCAGCGUCGAGUUGACCUCAGAUACCAGAAAACAGUUCAAAACGCAACAAGGAUCUACUUACGAGAGCUUGGAAGAGUGCCACUGGUACGUGAAGACAUCACCUGGUAAAAAUAUCAAGUUUACUAUCAACAGCAUGGACAUCAGGAACGCUACCAACAGGAACGCUACAAAUGAAGAGUGUACUGGAGACUAUCUGGAGGUUCGCGACGGUCCCACUUUAUUCUCCGAACUUCUUGGCCGAUAUUGCGGUAGCCAGCCGCCAUUAGCCCCUAUAUUGUCCACUGGAGACUCACUUUGGAUACGAUUCCACAGCGACGGCACCGUGGAAGGAGCUGGCGCCGUUGGAACGUUGGAGGCUGUGGAUUCGCUGUGCGGGAUAGCUCCUAGCGUAACGAACAAGACAAGGUUAGUGCUUACUUCGCCUAAGUACCCGAACUUUUACGGGCAGAGUGUAACGUGUCGCUGGCAGCUACAACUGUCGAGUGGUCAGAGCGAAAGGUUUUUAAUACACUUCUUAGACUUGGACCUGCCUGACACGGCGAGAUGUGACAACGACUAUGUUCAAAUUACCGAUGCAGCAAAUCGAAGGUUCAUCGACGAAGGUUUCGGAGAGAACUUCAUUUGGAGCGGUGACCGCUCGUAUGAGCUUUACCUGGACACCCACUCGCCUACUACGUCGUAUAAGUACUGUGGCAAAGGACUGCCUCACGAUUACUACAGUUACAGUACCGAGGUCGAGGUGCUGUUCAAAGGAACCACCACCGGUCACAAGGGCUUCAAACUCGAUUAUGGAGGUUCGGGCUGCGAUCGAAAUUAUACCGCGGAGCAGGGUCGAAUCAUCCACGAAAUUGUCUCCGAGUGCUGGAUCACAAUCACUGCGCCAGCCAAUCAUACUAUUUCGUUAUACUUCAGCAAAUUUAUGCUCUACGAUCCAGACAUGUGCACAAGCUCCGCCCUUAAAGUUUUCGACGGCACUUACAAUGACAAUCUUUUAGCCACGAUGUGCGGCAUGACAGAACCCAGUCCAAUUUUCAGUACAGGCAACAAGUUGAGUUUACAAUCCUUUUCGCAAUGGCAAAAUACCUACGAAUACUACGACAUCACUUACACGACCACAACAGCAGGUCGCGGUUGCGGUGGUCGAAUCUACAAUUACGCGGGAACGUUCACAUCUCCCAUGUAUCCGAAUGAGUAUCGCAACAAUACUGUUUGUACCUGGGACGUGUCAGUGCCACGCGGCCUGAAGAUCAUCUUAGAGUUCGCCGUGUUCGACAUUGGCAGUAGCAGUGUCUGCGAAAACAAGGCCAACAUCUUAAGGAUUUACGACAUCGGUGAAAACGGAGACCAGCUUCUGGCCAACACUUUUUGCGGAGGGGAUUACCCGGCGCCGAUCGAGGCCAUGAACGAGCGAGUCCUCGUAUCGUACACAUCAACACCAAAUAACGUUGGAACCGGUUGGAUCAUUCAUUUUAAAGCAAAGGCUGAUUGGCAGUAAUUCGAAGCACAUCCUGAUACUCUGACGAAAAUCUGGCAAUGUUAAGAUCGGUGAUGAUUCGUCGAUCAUUGUUAUUUGUAAAUAAGGAAUGCUACAAUGCAGCGUUAAUGUUUAUGACUACAUGUAAAUAGGGACUAAAUAAAUGAGAUUUAAUACAA